AACACAAUAUGCAGUGAUAUAAUGAGCGAAACCAACACUCAGAGGCAGCGAGACUGAUGUCUUUCUCCACUUUCCCCGUUUCUUUCUGAAGUUGGUCCCACCCCUAUGCGAAACGCUUUGUCGCCAAGGAAGGGAGGGAGAAAAAAAAAUCUGGUUCAUUUUUUUUUUCAUCUUUCUCCUGCAUCAAGUGCAAUCCACACCGCGGAGGCUGGCUCCGGAUUCCCACUGCACUGCCUUUUGGUGGACGGGGUUUCAGACAGAGCGGACUGUCGCCCACUGAUAAGAAUACCUCGGGGAUGAAGUUUUAAAUUCUCUUACCUCUUUGGAAUACUUUUGCGUAAACAAACAACGCACCUCGACCAGUUUUGAUCCAUCAAUCGAAUGAUAUCAGACCCAGGAGCCUGGUCAGUGCAAUGGGCCCUGUUCCCGUGUGUGUCCUGCUGUCCUGCGCGGCGCUGUGCGUCCUGUCGGUGGUGCGGAGUGUGAGCGCGACUGGUGCGAGUGAGGAUGAGGACGAAGAGUACACCUGGCCACAGUGGCGCGUUCCCCUGGUGCGCGAGAAGCGCACCGUGCGCCUGGCCAAGCCCGCCUUCUCCGCCCGCGCCCAGCUGAGCGAGCUGCGCGGCGCCUGCGGCAUCGAGUGCCAGGAGGGCCUGCCCGAGCCCAGCGCCACCGAGCUGGAGCGGCUGCUCUCCUACGAGACGGUGUACGAGAACGGCACGCGCACCCUCACCACCGUGGCCCUGCAGGGGCUGAUGGAGGCCGAGCAAGCCUGGGCCGCCGCGAGCCUACACCCUCCCAAACGCACGCGGCAAAAGCGCGAAGUCUACGGCGUGGACACGCGCUUCACCAUCGCCGACAAGCAGUUCUCCACCAAGUAUCCCUUCGUCACCUCGGUCAAGGUGUCCACGGGCUGCUCCGGCGUGCUGGUGUCCCCCAAGCAUGUGCUGACGGCGGCGCACUGCAUCCACGAUGGCCGCGACUACGUGAGCGGCGCGCAGAAGCUGCGCGUCGGCGUGCUGAAGACCAAGUCGAAGCGCGGCCGCGGAGGGGGGAAGGGCCGAGGGCGCGGAGGGAAAGGUCGAAAAGGGAGGAAAGGGGGCAAAGGUCAAGACGCGGAACAGCAACAGGAGGAGGGGGAGGAGGAGGAGGAGGAGAGUGAGAACGACAACGCCAUAGACACCGGAGAUGGAGCAGGAGGUGAGGCGGCAGCACCAGCGGCGCAGCAGGGAGAAGGGAGGGGAGGCAGAGGUGGCCGGCGGGGCAGGGGCAGGAAAGGAGGUCGCAGCCGCAGCAGAAGGAGCGCCUCCGACUCUGGCCCUCCGUCUUUCCGCUGGACCACGGUGAAGCAGACGCACGUCCCCAAGGGCUGGAUCAAGGGGGAGUCGUCCCGGUCGCAGAACGUCUCGUCCGACUACGACUACGCCAUCCUGGAGCUGAAGCGGGCCCAGAAGAUGCGCUUCAUGGACCUGGGCGUGGUGCCAUCCAUCAAGAAGCUGCCCGCCGGACGCAUCCACUUCUCAGGCUUCGACGACGACCGACCGGACCAGCUGGUGUACCGCUUCUGCUCGGUGUCGGAGGAGUCCAACGACCUGCUGUACCAGUACUGCGACGCCAAGCCCGGCUCCAGCGGCUCGGGCAUCUACAUCCGUCUGAAGGAGGCCGGCAAGAGGCAGCGCUGGAAGCGGAAGAUCAUCGGCGUCUUCUCGGGCCACCAGUGGGUGGACGUGAAGGGCGCGCAGCAGGACUACAACGUGGCGGUGCGCAUCACGCCGCUCAAGUUCGCGCAGAUCUGCCACUGGGUGCACGGAGACUCCAGCAUCUGCCAGGCUACCUGAGUCACAGGUGUACGCAACACCCAGCUGCGGCCCAGCCUGCCCACGAGCAGCAGCACAGCAAACCCAGGGGUGGAUUUCUCGAAAGUGUAGUUGCUAACUAUGUUAGCUACUUGGUUGAUUGCAAUGCAAUUUCCCAUUGGCAACCACCCAAGUUGCUAACUGGCUAACGACUACGCUUUUGAGAAAUGCAGCCCAGCCCACUUGUGCACCAGGUUUAAUCCAUACCAGGUGACCUGAGUGCUGAGGUCUCCCCAAACGUUCAACACCCAACACCCCCCACCUGACCCCCUAUCCUCCUUCCUGCUAUUAACUCCUCACUAAGUUACCUCCUGUGCCUCCUCCUCUUGGCCCCAGCAGUGUGACUCGGGUACGGAUCUGGUCCAGGUCUGGGCUGGAUCUGGGCUCCGAUGUGCACUGCUGUGGUGGGCAGUAGUCCUCAACAGUAAAAAAAAAAACAAAAAAAAACACAAAAGGCAGAUUGUCAUCGUCAGCCUCAGUUGCAUCACUUGCACCCACACACACACACCAUUGACUACACAGACUUUUUCUGUCGAUUACAGAACUCGUCGAGAGAGAUUGAGAAGAAUAAUGCUUCUUCCAUUGUUUUUUUAUUUAUUUAAUUUUAAAAAACAAAUAUGCUUUGGAAUGAAAAAUCACAGUGCCAAGACUGGAUGUAGAAUUAGUUUGUUUGUUUGUGCUCAACCUUUAUAAGCAAUACAUAUUUUUCAGCCAAUGUCAAUGACAGCUUUCCUAAACUGAAGCAAUUGCAUUCUUCGUAUUUGUUUUUGUGAGCCUGUGUUUCCUGUUGAAUAGUGUCCAGUCUCAUCAGCAGGGCUCUACAUUAACACCAGCCAACAGGCCAAAUGCUGGUGAAAUUUCAGUUUGGCUGAUAGAAAAGACCAACUUACUACUACUACUUUGACUCAGUAGUGAGUGUGUGUUUGGCUUGUAAGAUUAACAUCCACUAGCAAUUUUGGCUGGUGGUGAAAAAAGUUCAUUUAGGGCCCUGCUCCUCUUUAAUCAGUGUUGCCUUCACCUUCGUGCCUGGCCCUCCUCAAGUGUUGAAGUGAUUAUUAUGGCAGGAGGUGGUGGCUUUAUUCACAAUCAAGACAAAGAAAAAUGUCUUUCUGAGACAGUUUUUAAAAAUAAAAAACCCUUUGGUAUACACUUGCAGAGCUUCCGUGAAUGCACACAUUUUAAUAAUAAAUAUUUCCAGUAGAUCUGACGGUGAUUUUU